AUGAUCAUAUUUCCGGUCCAGAACUGUCCUCUUCUCGUUGUAAACACAUCGCUUGGGUGCUAAGAAUGAAGAAGUUUUUCGAGGACAUCAAGAAAGAUGUAAAAUUCAAGUCAGCAGGGCCAGGGAAGAAACUUGCAGACGACACAGGGUCCAAACCUCAGGCCCCACCGGCUGCUCGUUCAGCGCCCAAAAAGGCGCCCACUGAGGGUGCUCAAAGGGCAGGAGCCGCCGCCCUGGCCAGAAUCGAGCAACAGCCCCGACCUAAAGUGCUAACAUCGCAGGAUGUUAUAAGGAACCAAGUUAAGCGUGAACUUGAAGCAGAGGCAGCUGCAACUGCGGCUGGUCAAAAGAAUGCAGAUUUCGAGGGCUCCAGUGUUCCACAGAAAGAUCCGUCUUGUUUCUCUGUGUCGGGAGUGUAUUUCAUCUGUCCUCUCACUGGAAAAACCGUAACAAAGAGUGAGAGAGAGUCGCACAUCAAGGAGGCCAUUCUAAUGUGGUUUUCAAAGGAUGCAGUGGAAGCCUCCAUUAUGAUGAUUCACACCUUUAAUAAAGAUAAAGAGAAAGUAAAGGCCGCCAUGGACAUAAUCUGCAAGUACAUUGAUAACAUUUGUAAGAAUCUAACUGAGGAAAAGUAUCGGAAGAUCAAAGUCAGCAACAAAGUGUUUCAGGAGAAGGUUAGCAGAAUCGAGGGAACUCGAGAGUACCUGCAGGCCUUGGGAUUUGAGAGCACCAUGCUUCCAGUAGAUGGAGAAGAAAGGACUGAGGAGUACUUGGUGUUGCCGCAGCAGGAACCAGAGGCUCUGGAGCAGAUGAAGGUUCAUUUGGAGUGUCUGCAGAAGGGGGAGCCAAUCAGAGCAAAACUGGACCGUCAACCACAGGUCUUCAGACCCUCUCAGCGUGCAACAAACUUUGAGCUGCCCCCUGACUUCUACAAUAUGACUGCUGAGGAACUGAAGAGAGAACAGCAACUUAAGAGUGAAAUGGUGGAGAGAAACGCUCUGCUUCGAACAAAAGCAAUGCGAGAGAAGGACGAGCAGAGAGAGAGAAGAAAAUACAACUACACCCUUCUGAGAGUGCGGUUACCAGAUGGAAAUAUACUCCAGGGCACUUUCCUGGCAUGGGAGAGGGUGGCAGCAUUGUACCAGUUUGUGCGUGAUUCGCUGGAGAAUGGCUGGCAGCCCUUUGAGCUGGUUGCACCAGGAGGACAAAAACUGAAGGAUGAUGAAUUAGCCCUGAACGAGUGUAGCUUGGCUCCAGCAGCUCUGUUGACCUUCUCGUGGGACGCUGCAGUACAGGCUGAUAUCGCUGCUGCAGGAGGAAAGACUACGGUUCUGAUUAAACCAGCACUAUUAAAGAACAUAAAGACCCUGAGCUGAACAUUUUAUGUUGCUGUUCCUGCCUGCGUUCUUUCGCCAAUCCUAGAGAGUCCCUGUCCCAUCUUCCAACCACCCUCUUCUGGAGAUCCCAUAAUCCCAACACUGUUUCACAAAAUGAACUUGAUGAAUUGGUUGCAUCCAAAGCAUGAAUUAGGUGGAUUUAAGUGGUGCUAUUAAAACUGCAGGAUCAUAAACAUCAAAGUACUUUGCAAUCAGUGAUGUGUUACUGGGAGCGCUAGCACCUUACAGGCCAUGUUCAAACAAUUUGACAUCCUAUGAUAAUGCUUUGUUGCUUAAUGACUGGCCUCCUUAGCAGGAAGACUGCUGAAAUGCUCGUUUUGUCUCCAAUGCUGCCAUAAAUGUUUGCUACAUCUCAGAUCGGAAUUGGCAUGCGUUCAAAGGUGAAACCGGUGUAAUGCAGCAAAUUAAAAGCACUUUGUUUUAGCUACUGCUGAUGAAAAAAUGCUAAAAUGUACCAUAAAUUCUUAUUCUGACAUCAGAAGCACUGUGUUUGGAAUUUAUCUAACAUGAACACUACAGAUAGUCUUUUGUGUAGUAUUACGAAACUUUGUUUUCCACUUAAAAAUGAAGGGGCACGCUAAUGUUAUAAUACAACUUAAGCUCUGGUCUUUCUACCUCCUAACCACCAAUAAAUAUCCACUUUUCAAUUGUCACAAUAUCAUAUAUAUCAUGUGGAUAUAUGUUUGUAAAAUGUUCCUUUAUUAAACUGCUAUAUUGUUAAAAAAUUAACAGUGUUGUAUUUUACAUAUAUGCUUGUAGAAUUCCAAAUGUUCUGUGGCUUUUGACGUAAUUUAUGAAAUGAAAUGCUUCAUCAGAUGAGAACGACUGUACAUGAAAGCACAACAAAACAGCUUAACGGUGCAGAAAAUUAUUGCAGUUAUGAUCAAAUUCCAAAUCUUGUUAACAGCAUAUCAAAUUUGUUCAAUCUUUUUUAAAUAAUGCUUUAUUUAAACCCAUUACAACUGCAAACUACGGCGCAGUUUAUUCAGAACAAUUAAGAAAACACUGAAGCCAAACGAAGCGCCAACGCUGCUGAUGUUUUUCCGUGCUGGACGGCCACUUAUGUCAGCCCCGUGCUUAAAAAAAAAAAAAGAAAAAAAAAAAGAUUGAAAUAGUAUUUACACCGCAUUUAGCAGCCUGGGUGAAAAAUGGCACAUGAUGUUUUUAUACAAACCAUCUUGGAAAGAAAAACAAGGAAAAAGACUUACGAAGGGCUAACAGAAGUUAAAGGGAUAGUUCACCCAAAAAUGAUAAUUCGGUCAUAAACUGACAAAUUUUAGCUUUUGGGUAAACUCUCUUAAAAACGAUUGAACAAAUGGUAGAAAUAAACAGAAAUGGAAUAUAAAAGUGCAAUAUAUUUCAAUUGUCAUUUUUUAAAGAAAUACACCAAUUCAAGUAUUCUGAGAAAACAAAAAUAAACAAUUUAAAACAAAAAUUGCACCGAGCACUAAGCCCAACAGACAGCAACAACCUCCUGAAUGGAGUCAGAGGAAUGUGUCAGCUUGAUUGACUGUGUACCAGCAGAGCAUUUACACACUUUCAAAAAGUGGGAUCUCAUCUAUGAAGAAUGGCGGUAAAAACCCUAUUCUUCCAAAGGGCCUUAUUAGAUUAAACAGGAUAUUGUGUCGUCCACUGACAGUGUGUACUGGUGAAGUUUCAACUAACAGACCUCCACUUGAUAGAGGAAACGAGUGAUUCAUUCUGGAGACCUUUAAUAUGGUUUAUGACUCCGUGUUCCUUCAAAAUUGAAGAUCUGAUUUUAAGCCCCUA